UCUAUCCAUUUUGACGUUUCGCGGCUCCAGGUAAAUUAUCGUGUCCCGUCCCGCAACCCCACAGGUAAAACGGCGUCCAGUUAGCGAUCCGGGCAACCGAUCAUGUCGAAUCAUGAUCUAAAUCGCGAAAACCGUUGCCAGUGAGUUCUCCGUAGAGGAUCGUCAGCGUCGUGCGACGUCUUCGACGAAGCAUUCCCAGCGUCGCGAAGUCGUCGACUGUCUUGAAAACGAAUCGACGGUCGUGCGAUCUCGCUGUCUCUUGGCCAGUGGGAACAUGAAAUCGAAACUCGACCGUUUCUCCGCCGUCGACAGCACCGCAAAAUUCGUCCACGUGUCGCAGACAUCGGAACUCGGUCACCGUUACAUCGCGUCGCCACGACGCCGAGUUGAUCGCUGGCGAUAAUGAGUCAGUCAACGGCGCCCCAUCAACCGUCAGAAACCACCGAACUUCCUAACCCUGGGGAAAAAAUUGCAAUGUCGACGUCAGGAAAUAAAGGACCCGGCACAGGAACGAAACCAUUAGUUCAAAAGAAUAGGACGCCUGGAAGUGUAACACCUCGCAAUAUAUUCCAUAAAGACCCUUCUGGCAAUACGACAGACGAUGCUUCGAGCAGUACCAAGUCUCAUACUAAUUCCGCGCGCCGUUCACCCGCAAAGAUGGCUGUCAGUCCCACCGCGUACAAGAGGCCAUCUUCUUCGACGCCUGCCGUUACUGCGAUUAAACUCGAGAAACAGUAUCAGAUGAAAAAGGACCGUUUCCAGAGGCUUAAAAAGGAUCUGAUAGAUAAACAGAAAGUGGCUCAGGACCUGUUCAACGAGAUGUCGCAGCUACGGGAGAAGGUGAUCGCAAACGGUACGAAGGAUCCAGGGAAGCUGGACGAUCUGAGGAUCGAAGUGGGCUCCCCGAAACACCAUAUUCCAACGGAGAAUGUGCUGCAGGAGCCAGCAGAGAACAUCGAACGUAAGUUGGACGCCAUCGGUGUUCAAUUCAUCCAGCGUCUCGAAGAGCAGUUGCACAAGAUUCCGCAAAAGUCUAGGAAUCUUUGCCGAGACAUAUUGAGCAAGCAGGCCGAGCUGAUAGACUUCGUGGCGUCGCGAUUGAAGUCUGGCAAUGCUUACGAGACCGAAGGGGACAAUCCUGACUCGGAGAUGGCUACGAAGCUUGAGACGCAACAGAAGGACAUCGAUAGUCUGCGAAUAUUUUUGGAAGGGGCCGACGCGAUGGACACGAAGAUUAUCGAGGAGACAUUGGCGGACAUUCGUGGUCUAAUAGCAACGUAUGAGUGCGAGCAGGCAAAGCUGAAGGAAUCCAAGAAGAUGGAGGAGCAACAGGAGCUGCAAUCGCAGCUGAGCAAGGUUCUCGAGGAGCUGCAGUCGGAGAAGGACAAGUGCCACCAGGGCAAGGAACGUUUGCGUCAGGUUGAUUCGCAAUGUCAAAAGAUGAAAACGAAACUUCGCGAGAUGGAGACAGAAGGGGUUACCAACGAGGAGAAGAUUCAGUCGUUGCAGGCGAGCCUAAAGAACCUGGCCGCUCAGAUGAAGCAGAAGGAGCAGUCGAUGGAGACGAAGCUGAAGGAGAUGCAGAAGACGCUGAAGGGCAGCGAAGCAUUGAUCUCCAAGGUCGAGAAGCAGAGGGACAGCUUCGAGUCACGACUGUUCGAACUGAAGGAGAAGAUGACCGCGAAGGAGAACGAGACGAUGAACACUAUUAAAAACCUGUCGGAGAAGCUGGACACUGUCACCUGGGAGGUCGGCCAGGAAAGACAGGAGAAACAGAAGAUCGAAUAUGAGUUCAACGAAUUGGCGGAGCGUUACAGGCAGCUCGAAGAGAAAAGCAACCAAUUAUACGAUCUCACCGAGAAGAACAAGGAUUUCACUAUCACAGAUGGAAGCCACUCGGAGAACGAAGUCCGGUUGUUCAACGAACUACAGGAGACCAAGGAUGAGCUGGAGUUGCAGAAGCAGAUGGUGCUGGAGCUGCAGCAGGAGAAGGAGGAGAUCGUUGCGGUGAUGCACCAAGCGGCCAAUCGCGCAGAGGAUCAAGAUUCUAGAGAGAAGCUGGCCGCAGAGUUGGUGUUCAAGACCACCGAGCUGAAGAACCUGAUGAUGCAGUAUACGGAACUGAAGAAGAUCGCAAAAAACGCCCAAGAAAAAAAUGGGAUGUUAGAAAAGCAGCUGAUCGAGAUCCAGUCGAGGCUGCACUCGCAGACAAAGGAGGGUGGCAAAGCUGGGCUAAAUGCACACGCAAUCGAGUUACAACAAGAGGUCUCCGAUCUGCGCAAUAACUUAGCAGAAGUUCUGCAGCAGAAGGAGGAGCUGGAGACCGCGCUGACCCAGAAGCAGUUGGAGCUUGAGCAGCGGGACCACGUGAUGCGCGAACAGAGCAAGUUUCUCAAGGUGAGGGACGAGCUGCUGGAACUCCUGAAGGGCAAGACCGAGGGGGAGAACGGCGAGGCAAACACCGGCGAGAACAGCGAGUACAUUGACCAGAUAGCCCUGAAGACGGAGGCGAUCCAGGAACUGUACACAACCCUAAAGAGCAAGCAGAUGCAGGUGAUGCGCCUGGAGAAGAUGGUGAAGCUGAUGGAGGACCAGCAGGACCAUGCCCAGGCGCAGCGUACGCGUCUGGAAAACCGUAUCGCUCAGUUGGAGAUAGCCUUGCAGAGGACCAAGGAUCAGCGGUAUGUGAGGAACAGGUUGUCCCUCCCUCUCAAGUCUCAGACGAUCGACGGUCAGAGUCAUUGCAGCAUCUCCGAUCAGUCUCUUUCCCAGCACUCCUCUGUGUCGAAUUGUUUCCCUUAUCGCAACCCCUACGAUCCGGCCAUCAAAAGGUCGGACACCGUCCUCAGCACCAUAGCCUCACAGACCGAUGUUAAUCAGUCCUACAAUGACCUCAAGGUCGUCUCGUGGCAGAGUUCCAUCGACGAAGAGCCGCAGUACUUGUGCGAACGUUGUCGCAGGAUGGGAUCCUUGAUCAAGGACGAGCAGCGGUCGAGUAAAGACAGCUCCAAUGAGGAUUUGUCCACUCUGGAGACAAGACAGUAUUUAAACGAUGAUUAUCAUGAGAACUUCUAUUACGACCCACCUGUGAUUAAGAGUAGGAAAUUCAUCUCUGCGAAGAGCAGUCCCCAUACAGAAUCUGCCAGCGUGUACGACAGUAGCAGGGAGUCGUACGACCCUUAUAUAACCAAGGGCUGUCAACGUUUGCACGCUCCUCGCUAUUACGUUCGGCUACUGCCGACUAGUAGGUACCUCUCUCGCAAGGAGGGCUUGUAGAAUCGUCUCCUGUUGUUCCUGUUUGCUGAUGGUUUUUUGAAGGGUUCCUUGUAGGAACAAACUCCUCGUGCUGUCUACGUGGCAGCAACGUCUUGUUUUUACUUUGAAAUUUAUGGAAAAGAUCUGUGCGGUGGAAUUAGUGAAAUUAAGAGCUGUCUUUGCUUCUGAAACUAUUGUCACGCUGUUUUAAGUAUGGCAAAUGGUCUUUAUGAAUGUUUCGGUUAUCAUCGUUGUCGACACCUGUUAGUGAUAGAAAUUCACACGUUAAAUGUUGCUUCUCUAUAGGAACAUAUGUAACAUAUACAUUUAUAAAUAAAUCCGAAUGUUGUUUACAUGGUCUGAUUUAAUAGGCUAGGUACUCCCUGCUACAGUGUUUAAAAUCAUGUAUCGUUGAUUUGAAAGUUCCUUACAAAGUGCCUAGCCUUUGAAACAGACCAGCCUUUGUAUUGUCCCAGUUGCAUCUCUGAUCGAUUUUGUUUCGUGUGUUCUAGGGGUAAAGGCUUCAGCAUCCUGUAAGGAACUUUCUAAACAUCGUCGGUACAAAUGAAAUAAAAUUCAGAGGUCCUGACACGAACGGAUUAUCCUAACUCCAUGAUGCAACCAUGCAUUUAGUGGGUGGCGCGAUGCAAUGCGAUGCAAAUCAUAAGAAAUACACAUAGACUUGGCAAUUUAGAUCCAAAAUUCAUUGUAAUUGUUAAUCGAACGUACGUUUCAAUUUAUAUAUGUAUAUUCAAUGAAACCUUUUUAUAUUUGUGUAAUACGUUUGUAGAUACAGUUUAUUUUAUAAAAUUAAAAUUUUAUGUACAAUAUCGAA